ACAAUGAUUAAUUAAGGGUACCACAACGUAUGAUUUGGCACCACAAACAAGUCAUUUAUCAUUUCAUCAUCUCCAUAACUCCAACACCAAUUCAUUCAUAUUUAAUCAAACUAAUUAAAAAUUACAUAAAUUAAAUCAAUUCACCAUCAAAUCAAAAUUAUUCCAUUCAUUUGAUCAAAAACCACAUACAAUACAAAUAAAUCAAAAAUGAGCGUAAUUCAACUCCUUUUUCGGGUCGAUGAAAUCUGCAAGAAGUAUGAAAAAUACGACGUCGACAAGCAAAGGGAGCUCAAUGCAGGUGCCGGAGAUGAUGCAUUUACUCGUCUUUACGACAACAUCGAGAUCGAGAUCGAGGCGGCUCUUCGUAAAUCGGAGUUUGCAGCGAUGGAGACAAAUAGGGCAAAGGCUGUGGCAAUGAACGCCGAGAUACGACGGAGCAAAGCUAGGUUACUAGAAGAUGUGGCCAAGCUACAAAAGUUGGGUUACAAAAAGGUAAAGGGACUCUCAAAAGAAGAUAUGGUUGCUCGCGGUGAUUUGGCACUCGCACUAGGAGAGAAAAUUCAAUUAAUUCCCGAUGGAGGAAACAAUCCAAAAAAUAAUGGAUGGGCAACUUCAAGCAAUCCAAAUAAUAUUAAGUUUGAUUUCCAACAAGAUGCGCAGUUAAGUGAUGGGUUUUUUCAAGAAUCAGAGCAAUCAAGUAAUUUUAGGCAAGAAUAUGAAAUGAGAAAAUUAAAACAGGAUGAAGGUCUAGAUAUCAUAUCUGAGGGACUUGAGACUUUGAAGAAUCUAGCACAUGAUAUGAACGAGGAACUUGAUAGACAAGUACCCUUAGUUGAUGAGAUUGAUACAAAGGUUGAUAAAGCCACAUCUGACCUGAAGAGUAACAAUGUUAGGCUUAAGCAAACACUUCAUGAGAUAAGAUCCAGUCGAAACUUUUGUAUUGACAUCAUCUUAUUGUGCAUUAUUCUGGGUAUCGCAGCUUAUUUAUACAAUGUUUUGCAGUGAAGAAUUUUCACAACAUUUGUUGACGACAAACAUUUCUUCAUAAAAGUUUUGUAUAGACUUGACCUAUAUUAUUUUACCAACCUAAUAAUAGCAUGUAUUUUCCAAUAAUUGUACUUUGUACUUCUCAAGUCCACACAAGAUUUUUUGAUCUUCUGAUUGUUU